GCACCAUGGUUCCUGGGAUCGGGGCGCUACUUUGGGCUCUCUCCGGGCUGGUGCUGUCACCUCGCGCUGGAGCGGCUGAUGGGAAAGCGCGGAGCUGCGGCGAGGUGAGGGAGGCGUACAGAGCCAAAGGAUUCAGCCUCCUCAACAUCCCCUAUCAGGAAAUCGCAGGGGAACACUUGAGAAUCUGCCCUCAGGAAUAUACAUGCUGCACAUCAGAAAUGGAAGACAAGCUAAGCCAGCAAAGCAAACUUGAAUUUGAGGACCUGGUGGAGACGACAAGUAAUUUUGUCCGCACAACCUUUGUGUCCAGGCACAAGAAAUUUGAUGAAUUUUUCCGAGAACUCCUGGAGAAUGCAGAAAGAUCCUUAAAUGAUAUGUUUGUACGGACAUACGGCAUGCUGUACAUGCAGAAUUCAGAAGUAUUCCAAGAUCUCUUCAUAGAACUGAAAAGGUAUUAUACAGGAGGCAAUGUGAACUUGGAGGAAAUGUUGAAUGACUUCUGGGCUCGGCUAUUAGAGCGAAUGUUCCAGCUCAUAAACCCCCACUAUCAUUUCUCUGAGGACUAUCUAGAGUGUGUAAGCAAAUACACAGACCAGCUUAAGCCUUUUGGAGAUGUACCCAGGAAACUGAAGGUUCAAGUAACAAGAGCUUUCAUUGCUGCAAGGACCUUUGUUCAGGGGCUGACUGUAGGCAGAGAAGUUGCUAACAGGGUAUCUAAGGUCAGCCCUACCCCAGGAUGCAUCCGUGCACUAAUGAAGAUGUUGUAUUGCCCUUACUGCCGGGGACUUCCCACUGUGAAACCUUGCAACAACUAUUGCCUCAAUGUAAUGAAGGGUUGCCUUGCAAACCAAGCUGAUUUGGAUACGGAAUGGAAUCUCUUCAUAGAUGCUAUGCUUUUGGUAGCAGACAGAUUAGAGGGACCAUUCAACAUCGAAUCAGUUAUGGAUCCUAUUGAUGUCAAGAUUUCUGAAGCCAUCAUGAACAUGCAAGAAAAUAGUAUGCAAGUUACAGCAAAGGUCUUUCAAGGGUGUGGACAGCCUAAACCAGCUCCAGGUCUAAGAUCCUCCCGCUCUGUUCCUGAUAACUUUAAUACCCGCUUUCGACCCUAUAAUCCUGAGGAAAGACCAACAACAGCUGCUGGUACAAGCUUGGACAGACUGGUAAUUGACAUUAAAGAAAAACUGAAGCUUUCCAAGAAGUUCUGGUCAGCGUUACCAUACACUAUCUGCAAAGAAGAAAGCGUAACAGCUGGCCUGUCAAGUGAGGAGGACUGCUGGAAUGGGCACACCAAAGCUAAAUACCUACCAGAGAUCAUGAAUGAUGGGCUUACCAACCAGAUCAACAAUCCUGAGGUUGAUGUGGACAUCACCAGACCUGAUACCUACAUACGGCAACAAAUCAUGGCUCUGAGGGUCAUGACUAACAAACUCAAGAAUGCGUACAAUGGAAACGAUGUGAACUUUCAGGACACAAGCGAUGAGACCAGUGGCUCAGGAAGUGGAAGCGGUUGCACCGAUGAUAUUUGUCCAACAGAGUUUGAAUUCAUCACCACAGAUGCACCGCUCGUCGACUCGGACAGAAGGGAAGUGGACUCUUCAGCCAGCCCCCGCAGCCAAUCAGCACUCACAUGGGUCAUCCUCUGCCUGGUUCUCCUACUACAAAGACAGUGCAGAUAAUCCUGGCUCUGGCUAGCGAUGACUGCCUUUAAGCUAUUGAAAAAUAAAAACAAAAGAACAGCCAACUUCCUCUUUUUCUUAUGUUCUCGGACAAUGGAACAUGCCACAAACACUUUCGCGGUUUUAUAUAAGAAGCAAGCAGCCCUGCAACCCGCUCCCCUUUGUGGAUUUCCAAAGAGUGCCGGGUGCCAGAGUGACCUUUUCCUGUUUCUUUCAUAGAGCUAUGAAGAAGACACUGUCUGCUCCUCAGGCUAUCUUUUCCUCACAUUUUUAUUACAGGAGACUUUUCAGAGCUUCAUUUGCUUUUAUGCUGCAGGAAGAAAAAGGGGGAGGCGGGAAAAGGUUAAAGGUACAAGGUGUGGUUUUUCCAGUACAAAGAAAGAGAAAAGGGAAACAAAGGAAAUCAAUGUUUUUUCCCCAAAAUCGAGCUAAGCCCAAGGCCCAACAAAAUGGCAAAAUGUGGAAGAGGUCUCUAUUCUGGGGGGCACUUCAGGUCACCAAAAUUAUCUAUACCAUUGAGGGAGUAUCUUUUGAGGGUUUGUGUGUGUGCAUAACACAAAAACAGGGGUAUGACUUGUGCUCCAUUGGCCAUACAUAGAAGACUUGCCAAGAGGUUCCGAACAAGAACAGGAAAACAUCUGCUAACUAACAUCAUUCCUCUCAGAAUAUUCACAUUGUUUCAGCCCAGGCCUUGACUGAAUACUAACACUCUUUGUUCUAAUUAGUUUACUCCCCAUCAAUGGUAUGUCAUUGACAAAGGAGUCCACUAUGUUGCCCAUCAUCAUCUGGUUCAUCAUGAAAUCUUAAUAAUGUUUGAAAGGUUUUAACGCAAGGGUUUUGACAUAAAAAAAUAAUCUUUUAUCAUAUAAUCUCUUUUCUUUACCUGCAAGUUUGGCAUCAAGUAGAAUUUUCUGCGCCUGUGUUCAUCAUCUAACCAAAAAGGCAGUUUUCAAAGGAAUGGUAACAGUAAUUGAAUCAAAAUGUUAGUUUUGCAUAGAAACAGCAUCCUUCGUAUCUAUUAGUUUCUGUAUCAGAAGGGAACUCUGUUGCUAAAACGUUGACACAAAUACAUAUAUAUAGUACUGACAUGGAAAAUUUCUUUCACUUUUUUAGUCUUAGUAUGAUCAUCUAUUUUUAUAUAUAUGAAUAUAUAUAUGAAUAUAUAUAUGUAUAAAUCACAGAUUUUAACUUCUUAAUUACAAGCUCAGGGUUGACACAUCUUUGUAAGGAAAAAAAUGUUUUGUCAACCGGCAUUUAUUUUUGUUGUUCUGCUUGGGAAAAGUCAACCUUUCAUUAUCAGCAAGUGCAAGAAUCAAAGAAGGGAACUUUUUCUGCAUUUUCAGUUGUCCGUUUCUUUACGGAGUUGCGAAGGGGUGGCACCCUCCCUCUUUCAUGUCGGUGCAUUUGCGUGAGUGUGUGCAAUACGGACAUGGAAAUAUAUAGAACAAUGAGACUUUGGGAUGACAAUUGUGCUCUUGCAAACUUUCUUAAAAAGUCCAUUUAACUGUCUUCAUGGUUAUAGUAGCCCCAGUAUGUAUCUGGAUAGUGUGAUCUGAUGUGAUAGAAUGUGUUUAAUCACAGGAUUGUGAUCCUGCUCCCAUAAGCAUAAACCUCCUGCUGUCUUGCUAUGUUGCCCUUUGUGACCCUCUCGCCUCUUGUCAUGAAGCAUCCAGUCACUGAUAUUUGACAGGCCGCGAUGUGUGGCCAUGCAGGGCCGGCACCAGGCAUGACUGGGCCCUUGGGCACCAGCUUGCCCUGGGCCUGCAGUGCUGUAGCUCAACCCCCCCAUACAGGCUGCACAGGACUAAUAAACCUACCUGCGCUUCCCUGUGAAUGACAUGUGUGCUGUGCAUGUGUGUCUGCCAACAACCAAGAUGGCAUCAGCCCCAUAAGGAAGCCCCCACUGCCAUCUUGGUUGAUGGCAGGCAUGUGGACACAGACUGCAUGUCAUUCACAGGGAUGGGAGAGGUAGGUGAGGUUGUGGAGGGACCAGUGUGGUGUAGUGGUUAAGGUGCUGGACUACGACCUGAGAGACCAGGAUUCAAAUCCCCACAUAGCCAUGAAACUCACUGGGUGACCUUGGGCCAGUCAUUGCCUCUCAGCCUCACGAAAACCAUAU